AUGGCACUUCCCCUCAUCAAAGUAAGAAUCACUUCAGUAUCUUAAACGAUACCCAAAUCUCUGACUAUUUGAAUAGAGCGAAGACUGGAGUUUGAUCAUCUGGGCCAAUUCGCCCUAUGAGCCCCCACACGAAUUUCGGAAGGUAAUGUCAGCCAUCUCACAGCCCUUCAGGAAAGUUACCAAACCCUCACAGAUCAAGAAACUCCUUACCAAUUAUGGCGCGAAGGCGUUCCUCGAGUCGCGCAAGACAUAUAAAUCUGGAGCUCGGGGUCAGACACGACGAGAAAUCCUGCGACUGGCUGGAGCUGCUGCGGACAUCUUACGCAAUAAGACCUUUCUUCAAGUUAUUUUUCCUUCGGAAAUCUGUAUGCGGCUCGCUUUCGAUCGAUUGACGAGAUCUAGACUCCCAUAUCGAUGCGAUGAACAUCGAGAGCUGGCACCCGUUGAUAAGCCUCCGCUACCACCACAGGACUUGAAAGGAUACUUGAUGUAUAAUCAUGAAGAAGUCGUCUUCUGGCCGGACCUGCGUCGUCGAAUUGUGGACUUCAUCGAUGGUGUUGAUAAAGCGGGGGCUGUGGGAUUAUAUUGUGACAGGAUUGUGGACGAGGGUACUGGCCGUAGGAGGCGGAAUGGAACUGGUGGCUCUGCGAGCUCGGAGGGUGGUUCUGAGAACUCCUUUCAACUCAUUCCACCUGCUAUAGAUCCCGAUACACCUGCACCGCUGAAGAUCCUCAUGAUCAAUGAUCAGGACCCGCGAAAAAGGUCGAGUCCAAAUGACUUCUGUCCGUAUGGUCCCGAAGAUCCUGAGCUAACAGCGGUUCAAAAUCAGUAUAACUGCCAAGGGGUGCUUGGUAAGUUCUCUCCUCCAACUCAAAGUAGUCCUAGAUCUAUCACCCGAGCAAUUUGAAACACCUCCGUCUUCCUUCCGAAAGAGAAUAUGAAGAUACUAAUCCGUAGACACAGAUGACUGUCAUGGGCUGAGAGAAGAGCCUCGUCACCUGAGCGAGGACCAGAUCUUGGAAUGGUAUAAGGGGAGAGAGUUGGAGCAUAGAACAUUCUUUCCUACAAGAAGCUCCGAAUCUCCUGAUGCUAGAAAGAUGAUUGAUUAUUAA